AUGACGAGCGCCGACCCGACCGUCGUCUUGGUUCCAAUCUGGGGCGUCGGCCACUUCGUCCCAAUGAUCGAGGCUGGCAAGCGGCUGCUCGCGCGCAGCAGCCGCCCGCUCACGCUCACCGUGCUCAUCAUGCCGGCGCCAACGGAGAAGCACGCGUCCGAGAUCGCCGAGCACAUCCGCGAGGUGGAGACGGACUUCGCCGGCCUCGGCCUCGCCAUCCGCUUCCACCACCUCCCGGCAACCGAGCCCUCGGACGUGGCGGCCUACUCGGGCCCUGAGGAGUUCAUCUCCCUCAACGUGCAGCCAUACGUGCCCUGCUUCUAG